UUGUGCUUUUGGAUUCAACUGUUCUUUCACUGUUUUCAGAAAACGUGAGGUCAAAGGUUUAUUGUGCUUCUCGUUGCAGCUCCGUCGACAGGUUGAUAUUUAAAUGCUUCUCUGAGAUGUUGCGGGCUCGUCAGUCUCAGGGCAACGUGACGGUUGGACUGGUGUUUCUGGAGAGAGUGUUGUUUUCCACUCUGGCUACGGCACCGUACUGCAUCUUCUUCUUCAUUAACGUCACCUUGUUGUUCACCCUGAGGAGCAAAGCCUUGUUCCGUGACUCCUCACGUUACGUCCUGUUGUUCAACCUGGUGAUGGCAGACACGCUGCAGAUGACACUGAGCCAAUUACUGUACCUGCUCGCUGUCUGCCGAGUGCUGCUGACGUACCCCGUCUGUGGUCUGCUGGUCAUGUGCGCCAGCCUCACCAAUGAAAUCUCUGCCCUCACGCUGGUGGCUAUGUCACUGGAGAGAUACGUGGCCGUGUGCUACCCACUGAGACACGCCGCCAUCGUCACCAUCAGGAACACCGCCGUGGCCGUGGCCGUUGUCUGGCUCUCCAGUUUACUAAACGUCCUCACUCGGGUUCUGCUGCUGUUAGACUUUCCCUUCGAGAAGCUGGACACGCUGCAGAUGAGCAACUUUUGCAGCUUAUUUGUCAUGUUCCUCGGGUCGAUGUCCGAUGAUUACGACAAAGCCUACACCUGUUUUCUGUUUGUCUCUGCGACCGUGACGAUCGCCUCCACCUACGUGGGCGUGAUGGUCGCCGCCAGGUCGGCGUCUGCGGACAAAGCUUCGGCUCGUAAGGCUCGUAACACGCUGCUGCUGCACCUGGUGCAGCUGGGCCUCAGUCUGCUGUCCACCAUGCACAACGCCAUGCUUGUCGCCGUGUCAAAAAUUGUCACGAUGUACAUGCUCCUGCGCCUCCUGAAUGUUUUUUAUGUGUUCAUCAUGUUGCUGCCGCGGUGUCUGAGCUGCCUCAUCUACGGGCUCAGAGACAAGAGCAUCAGGCCCGUGCUCCUGUUCCACCUGUGCUGUCGUCUGAAGGUGUCGACCAAGACUCAGGUCUCGCCCUGAGACAAAGGCCACGAGUUCACCUCUGUGUGUUCGUCACGUGUUUAUUAAAGAGCAAGAAACAAAGAGGGAACUCGUGUUUGUGAAAGAUGACAUGUUUAUAAUUAAG